AUGCAAAUAAUACCCUCAUCAGAGCGCUUACCUUCGCCGCCUCUGUCCGAUACCAAUAGCGCGAGCCCACUGAAAAGCCCCGUCGAAGCUCUUGCUGAUUUGAUUUCAUCAACCUACCGAACCUCCGACAUUAACUUCUUCGUCAACGGGCGUCCCGCUAUAGUGAAGAACCCCAACCCCGAAUGGGUCCUUCUCGAUUGGCUCCGUUCACAAGAUGAUUUAAAAGGCACGAAGCUGGGAUGCGGCGAAGGUGGUUGCGGCGCAUGUACCGUUGUUUUGCAAACCAUCGAGCCAGACAAGAAGGUCAACCACCUGGCCGUUAAUGCCUGCCUAUAUCCGCUGAUCGGAGUUGAUGGUAAAAGCCUCAUCACCAUUGAAGGGCUUGGAACGGUCAAUCGUCCGCACCCAUUGCAGGAGAGAAUUGCAAAGAUGCACGGCUCGCAAUGCGGGUUCUGUACCCCUGGCAUCGUUAUGAGCCUGUACGCUCUGAUCAGAAACUCGUAUCGAAACGGCAAAUUUUACCUAACACGUUCCGACCUGGAGCUUGAGGGUCACCUCGAUGGAAACCUUUGCAGAUGUACCGGAUACAAGCCAAUUUUUGAAGCAGCACGAACAUUUGUCGUCGAGGAUCUUAGAGGAGUUCUCGUCGAAGGAGAUGGCGCAAGGCAAAGUGAUCUUCUAAGCCCACCGCCGUCAGAUGAUGAGGAGGACAACGAAACACUUUUGCGUAAUAUCAACAUUUCCGGCUCUUGUGGUCGUCCAGGUGGCUGUUGUCGCGAUAAUCCCAAGACAUCCGGGUGUGGUUCCACCUCUGGAACAGAAUCGGCUUCCGAAUUGUUAGAAACUCCAGUAUCAGCGCCGAAACUUAACAAUACACAAGCCACGUCGGAACACCCAAGGGAGGUAGUAGCGAAAGACGUAUUCGAACCAUACGAGCCUGCCGCCGAACCCGUCUUUCCGCCAUCACUUCGGAGGUACGAAGCACAACCGAUCUGCUACGGCAAUGAGCGAAAAUUGUGGUUCAAGCCGACAAACUUAUUACAGCUUGUCGAGUUAAAGUCCGUUUAUCCCUCGGCCAAGAUUGUCGGCGGGGCAAGUGAGACCCAAAUCGAGAUCCGCUUCAAGAAGCUGGAGUAUCGAGUUUCUAUCUUUGCAGCAGAUCUUCCUGAGCUCAACACAUACAAAAGUCAAGAGAAACCGACUUUGGCGGAGCUUGAUAAUUUAUCUGAGAUCUGUAUUCCGGGAAAUUUACCAUUGACCAAGCUAGAGUAUAUGUGCAAGGAUCUCUAUCAAAAGCUUGGGCGCCGUGCUUUUGUACUCGAGGCACUUCGGAAACAACUUCGUUAUUUUGCGGGGCGACAGAUUCGGAAUGUCGCAAGUCUUGCUGGCAGCCUAGCCACAGCGAGUCCUAUUUCUGAUUCGGCCCCCCUACUCUUAGCAGUAGGAGCGAGGAUAACCAUUCGGUCCCAGUCAAAAGGAACAUUCAAUAUCCCAAUCACUUCUUGGUUUCUUCGCUACCGGACAACCGCCCUACCAGAGGAUGGCAUCAUCACUCAAAUUGUCAUUCCCUUGCCGUCGGAGGGAAUUCUUGAAGUAACAAAGGCAUACAAGCAAGCUAAGAGAAAAGAUGAUGACAUUGCUAUUGUGACGGCUGGGUUCAGAGUGCGACUGAAUGAAGAAGGCGUUGUUGAAGACUGCGGGUUUGCAUUUGGUGGCAUGGCCCCGACAACAGUAAUGGCCACGAAGGCGCAAGAAGCAGUUGCUGGCAAGAGAUGGGCUGAAGCAGAAACACUGGAAAAUGCAACGAAUGCGCUCCUAGAUCAAUUUGACUUAGGUUUUGGCGUGCCUGGUGGAAUGGCACAAUAUCGACGCGUGUUGACCAUUUCUAUGUUCUUUCGAUUUUGGCAUGAGGUUGUUCACGAGUUAGGCCUUGCUGAUGUCGACGCCGAUCUGAUUCAAGAGAUUCACCGCGACAUUUCCUCUGGCAAUCGUGAUAAUUUUACUGCCUCGAUGUUAAACAGAGGAACUCGAACAGUGGGGAGGCCGAUUCCUCACUUAUCGGCACUGAAACAUUGCACUGGUGAGGCCGAAUACGUGGAAGACAUGCCACGACAACAUAAUGAACUAUUCGGUGCCUUGGUGAUGGCCAAAAGAGCCCACGCCACAUUGGACAGCAUUGACUAUGCACCUGCGUUGAAGAUGCCUGGGGUUAUGGGAUACAUUGACAAGGACAGCGUACCGGCCGGAACUAACAUGUGGGGGCCUGUUAUACCCGAUGAACCUCUGUUCGCCGACGGCAUUGUUCAUUACUACGGCCAAGUAAUUGGAAUGGUGUAUGCGGAAACUGCUCUUCAGGCCCGAGAGGCCGCAAAUCGCGUUGAAGUCACCUACACGGAUCUACCUGCGAUAUUCACGAUCGAUGAAGCCAUCAAAUCAAAUAGCUUUUUCAAACAUGGCAAGGAGCUCCGAACAGGUGACGCGGUAGAAGGGAAUCUUGAUGAGGCCUGGUCCCGGUGCGAUCACAUCUUGCAAGGCACUACAAAAAUGGGUGGCCAAGAGCACUUCUAUCUGGAGACAAAUGCGGCUCUUGCUAUCCCACAUGUUGAGGAUGGCUCCAUGGAUGUAUACUGCUCAACGCAGAAUCUCAUGGAAAACCAAGUCUUUGUGGCUCAGGUAUUAGGCGUUCCCAUGAGCCGCGUCAAUAUGAGAGUACGUCGCAUGGGCGGAGCUUACGGUGGGAAGGAAUCUAGAAGCACGCCCAUUGCUAUGUAUAUGGCAGUCGCAGCACGAAAGUCGUCUCGACCUGUUCGCAUGAUGCUUAAUCGCGACGAAGACAUUGCUAUCAGUGGUCAAAGACAUCCUUUCCAGGCCCGUUGGAAGGUUGGUGUUGAUAUUCAGGGAAAGAUCCAGGUUCUUGAGAUCGACAUGUAUAACAACGGAGGCUAUUCGCUUGACAUGACUGGAGCGGUCAUGGACCGCGCUUGUACCCACGUCGACAAUUGCUAUAACAUUCCCAAUGCUUGGGUUCGCGGAUGGCUUUGCAAGACGAAUACCGUCAGCAAUACGGCAUACCGCGGCUUUGGCGGUCCCCAGGGCAUGUACAUUGCCGAAAGCAUAAUCUACAAGAUUGCUGAAAGUCUGGAGAUUGAUGUCGAUGAGCUACGCCUUCGUAAUCUCUACAAAGUCGGCCAAAGGACUCCUUUCUUGCAAGAGAUCACCGACGACUUCCAUGUUGCCACUAUGUUGGAGCAAUUAACCACCAACUCCGACUUUGAGAAGCGAAAGGCUGCGAUCAAGGUCUUCAAUUCAAAGAAUCGCUUCAAGAAGCGAGGAAUAUCAAAAAUUCCGUGCAAGUUUGGUCUGAGCUUUGCAACAGCUUUGCAUUUAAACCAAGCUGGAGCAUAUGUGAAGAUAUACGAAGAUGGCUCUGUCCAACUUCAUCACGGAGGAACCGAAAUGGGACAGGGGCUCUACACCAAGAUGUGUCAAGUUGCCGCAGAGGAGCUGCGUGUCAGCAUUGAUGACAUUUACAACAAGGAGUCACAAUCUGACCAGAUCGCCAACCCCUCGCCGACCGCGGCAUCGUCGGGAAGCGACCUCAACGGACAAGCUGUCAAAAAUGCAUGCGACCAGUUAAAUGAGCGUUUAGCGCCGUACCGAGAGAAGUAUGGCAUGGACGCGCCCUUGUCCAAACUUGUGCAUGCUGCGUACCGCGACAGAGUCAACCUAGCAGCGAAUGGAUUCUGGAAAAUGCCUCGAAUUGGGUAUGAAUGGGGUAAUUGGAAGGAUCCGCUGCCUAUGUAUUACUACUGGACUCAAGGGGUUGCGAUUUCUGAAGUGGAGCUGGAUACCUUGACUGGGGACUCGACAGUUCUCAGAACUGAUCUGAUGAUGGACAUUGGGCGUUCUAUCAACCCAGCCCUUGAUUAUGGCCAGAUUGAAGGGGCAUUUGUGCAAGGCCAAGGGUUAUUCACUAUGGAAGAAUCAUUAUGGACCAAGACAGGAGAGUUAUUUACCAAAGGCCCUGGAACUUACAAGAUACCUGGCUUCUCCGACAUACCUCAAGUAUUCAACAUUUCAACCUUGCAGCAUGACUCUGAAGGCAACCCGAUAUCUUGGGACAAGUUGCGCUCUAUCCAGAGCAGUAAAGGCACAGGAGAGCCCCCACUCUUCUUGGGAUCUACGGUAUUUUUCGCUUUGAGGGAGGCAGUGAAAGCUGCUCGUGAGAUGAACAACGUCACUGCCCCGCUGAUUUUUAACGCGCCGAGCACGGCGGAGAAGUUGAGAUUGGCUGUAGGGGAUGAGAUGGUUCAACGAGCGGCCGUGAAGCCAAACGAAGGCGAAAAAGAGUUUUUUAUCAGGAUCGAAACUUGA